AUGAGCAACCGAUUUACGUAUCAGCAAUCGGGAAUUGUUCCAGAUCACCCCAACGUCCACAUCAGGAGCAAGGACCAAUCGAUCGAUUCUCCCAGAAUCGCAAACAAGACCGGCGACUUUUCCAAGAGAUCAAUCGGUCGAUUGCCCGCCGACAAUGCGUCUCCUGUGGCAUCUCCGAUUACCGAUCUGGCGCGCCAUUCGGCCAGCCCCUCGCUCUCCGUGAAGAGGCCGUAUUCCGCGGGGGCUAUGCCAGAAAACUCCGACUCGGAGGCUCUUAGCAACCAAGGUUUCGCUUCAGGCCAGAGCAUCGAGGCUGCGUCACCUCACUUCUUAAACGGUCGCCAGCAGAAACCAAAGACCGGACAACGACUCUCUGCCCACAUGCUGGGCCCCUCCGGCAAUCGCAUAGCAGGCGAAAGUGGAACUCACCAAAGUAGUCCGUCUAAGAGCGAUACGCGACCGCCUCGAUUUUCAGCAUACUCCGCGGACGAUCUUGCCAGGAGGUGGCGACGAGAGGUGUCGCAACCCGAUGCGCAACAGAUGCGCGCAAGCCCCGUCCAGCAUGAAAGCGUAUCGACUCUUCAGCCAAGUGUCAGGCAAGAGAAACUCGCUGCACGGCCCAAGGGGCAACCGGCGGAAUCGGUGGAAGGAUUGAGCUUUGAUCAGAAAUCCGCUGGAGGUGACUCAGCGGUAGCCGGAGGUACAGCAUCACAGGGGAUCUCCUUACAGCCAGAAACUCAUCCUAUAACAGAAGAGCAAUUGAUCAAUGAAGUGCGCGGAAUCUACGCCGGGCUCGUCAUGGUGGAGAAGAAGUGCAUUGAAAUCGACAAGCAACAGUCUGAGUCGAAGACUGCGCUGUCCCCACUCCAAUGGCAGGCCCUGAUUGCCUUACAUCGAACGCUGCUGAACGAGCACCACGACUUCUUUCUAGCCUCGCAACAUCCGUCCGCGAGUCCUGUGCUUAAAAGACUGGCAGAGAAAUAUGCCAUGCCGGCUCGUAUGUGGCGUUACGGGAUCCAUUCCUUCCUAGAACUACUGCGCCAUCGGCUCCCUGACUCCCUAGAGCAUAUGCUGACUUUCAUUUACAUGGCUUACUCAAUGAUGACUCUGCUAUUAGAAAGUGUCCGCGCCUUUGAAGAGACUUGGAUCGAAUGCCUCGGCGACUUAGCACGAUAUAGAAUGGCAGUAGAAGAGGUGGACCUGCGGGACCGUGAGGUCUGGGCUGGCGUCGCCAGAUACUGGUACAACAAGGCGGCAGAUAAGAAUCCUGAUGUUGGCAGAAUACAGCAUCACCUUGCCGUCCUAGCUCGCCCGGAUAUAGUCCAGCAGCUGUUCUACUAUACAAAGUCUUUAGUCAGUGUACACUCUUUUCCGAGCACGAGGGAAAGCAUACCGUCAUUGUUCAAUCCGCUUCUGAAUGCGCCAAAAGCACAUCACCACUAUCCGGUCAUUGCGGCUUUUGUUGCAGCUCAUGGCUAUCUUUUCUAUCGCAGCCCGGCGCCUCAGUUCUUCAAAUCAGUGGAGGACUUUUUGGCACACUUGGACACUCAUGUCGGUCGAAUGGGGGCCGCGUUCAAGAUGCAGGGCGUCUACAUGUCCUCGUGCAAUUUCGCAGCCAUAUUCGAAUACAAUCACCCGGACGCUGCCUUACCUGCCAAGUUCCACCCAGCAAGAAUCCAUCAAGGGGGAUCUUCUUCGUCGGAGACCCAACUGACAUCCGCAAAAACGUGGACUCCCACUUGUGACCUCCAUCUGAACGAGGCUGGUUCAAUGGCAUCCAAAGAUGGCUCAAAGUAUUCGACACUUAGUCUUUACGGGUCGUGCCUGACCUUUCAGACCUUGUCUGUCCUUCUUGACCAGAUCGGAAACAAGAACAUUUAUCCCACUGUGCAUAUCUCUCUGGCCUUCCUCUGGUGCCUAGCACUAAACGGCAAGAGCAGCAUAGAAUACAUCGAAGCGUUCGUUCCGUGGAGAAGGAUCGCCACCUUCCUCAAUACCAUGAUUCGCGAUGAUACGGAUACUCGAAUUGUCGAAGGCCCCAAUUUUCCUACAGUGGAGGAGAGGAAGCAUUUGCCGGAGGACUUUUUCAUACGUGGUCAGCUCUGGAGUCAGCUCUACUUUCCUCCUCAUUUCUUUGAAAAUUCUCUCAUCGAGGAUGAGGGGCGUUUCAUUGAGCUACCCUCUCUGAACGUUUCGAGGAUGUACAGGUGCCUUUGGCUGGGAGUCAAAAUCGCGACGUUCAAUCUUUGGAUGACAUACGACUCCGUCUCUCGAAAGUUCUCGACGACAGCCUUUGCCCUUCAACUUGAGAAACUUGCAGAGCAGCACAAUCCCUUCAACGAAGUCGCACCGCCGCAGCCGGCGGCCAAGCAAUUGGAUGGCAAUGGCAACGAAAAUGGUCACACAAUCCUCAGCAGCAGCCUGCGUAAGGCCAACUCGCCGGGAACAAUUAGCAAAGAGACCAUUGCGCUGAUCUACCAGGUCACGCUUGUUGCCAAUAUCCCCCGUCUCAAACGCAUUCCAUUCCAUUUUCUAAGACGGCAUCUUCGCUGA